GGAUUCUCUGACAGGGCAUGCAUUUGCAGAGGAAGACAGUGGUGACCUCCUCAAGACGGGGAUCAGUUUUCCUGGCACGCCAGAAGAAGAGCUAGAUCAGCCGUACUCAUGGUCUCCAACUCAGCAGUCCUUCAGUGAGGAAAGAUAUUCUCCUGUUUCAAGGAACAUGAAAGGAUUAUCUGGCAGUCGUAAUCAAUCACAAUUAUGUUCUGCGCAUACUUGUGGUUUAGCAUCCCCUGAAGAUUGUGAACACAGCCACGACCAUCUUCAUCAUGGCCAGGAGUCCAGGCAAUCGUAUCUUCUCAGCCCAACCGAGAGUUGCCCAGUGGAUCACCAUCGCUGCUCACCACGAAGCUCCAUCCAUUCAGAAUGUAUGAUGAUGCCCAUGGUUAUGGGUGAUCAUAUGUCCAGUAGCACUUUCCCCAGAAUGCACUACACCUCACAUUACGAUACUCGGGACGAUUGCACCAUGUCUCACGCAAACCCUAAGGUUAACCGGAUCCCGGCAAAUUUGCUGGAUCAAUUUGAGAAACAGCUUCCUCUCCAGAGGGACGGCUUUCACACUCUGCAGUACCAAAGGACGUCAACAGCAGCGGAACAACGCAGUGAAAGCCCAGGUAGGAUACGCCACCUCGUUCAUUCGGUCCAAAAACUGUUCACAAAAUCACAUUCUUUGGAAGGCUCUUCCAAGAGCAACGUCAACGGGGCCAAGGGAGACGGCCGAGGUGACGACCAUCAUCAUGGGCAUCAUUCCAAACACAGCAAAAGGAGCAAAAGCAAAGAGCGGAAGCCCGAAGGUAAGCAUAAAAGUGGAAUGAGCAGCUGGUGGAGCUCUGAUGACAACUUGGACAGUGACAGCACUUACCGCACACCCAGUGUGGUGAACAGGCACCACGUGGACCACAUCUCUCAUUGCUAUCCUGAGGCUCUUCAGGGACAUUUUGGGGAUCUCUCGUUAAAGACUUCCAAAAGUAACAACGAUGUGAAAUGUUCGGCUUGCGAAGGUCUGGCAAUGACCCCCGACGGCAAGUACAUGAAACGGAGCUCUUGGUCGACCCUCACAGUGAGCCAAGCUAAAGAAGCUUAUCGGAAGUCCUCUCUCAACCUAGACAAGCCUCUAGUCCAUCAGGAAAUAAAGGCCCCCCUGAGACCCUGCCAUUACCUUCAGAGAUUUGAAUUUGCAGAACAGAGAACUCCCAAUUUUUGGGCUUUCAUAGCAUUGCUUUUUAAAAAAAGCAGAAGUCAGAGCUAUCUGCAAGCUACAAGUGAAGUGCCUGGUGGCCAAAGCCUGGAUCCUUCGGCAAACUACAAUUCCCCCAAGUUUCGAUCAAGGAAUCAGAGCUAUAUGAGAGCAGUCAGCACACUCAGUCAGGCCAGCUGCGUUAGCCAGAUGAGUGAAGCAGAGGUCAAUGGGCAAUUUGAAUCUGUUUGUGAAUCAGUGUUUAGUGAAGUUGAAGCUCAGGCCAUGGAUGCCCUCGGCUUGCCAGGUUGCUUCCGAACCAGAAGCCACAGUUACCUGCGCGCCAUUCAAGCGGGUUACUCUCAAGACGAUGAAUGUCUCCCUUCAAUGGCUUUGUCUAACAUCACCUCAACAAUCAGGUCAACGACGGGUGAGUAG